UCGGUUGGCUUUCAUUCCACUUGAUUUUUGUAAACUGCUUAACACGGCAAUAUUUAAAUUUUAAUUUACAUUUACAUUUCAACUCACAAAUACGUAUUGUGCUUAGCCGUGAGCCAGCAUAAACAUGUCGAACACCUCAAUUCGUCCAAUACCAACAUUGAAAGGCAUGUUUACCGUGCCGCGCGUCGUACCGGGACGUAAUUUCCUAAAAGAAAACAAACAGAGUUUACGCUCAUUGGAAAAGGCAACCACCGAGAAGAUUGCUGCUAAGAAACCGGUGCGCCCAAAAUGGAUGCCGCCAUUACUUCGUACCGCUUCCGAGGAUCCUGAACGGAAGCAUUGCGAAACCGAAAGAUUGUCGUUAUCGAGGCGUAAUGACAGCGAGAUCUGUUUGUUGCGCACUCAAGGUAAAUCACGCUCACAUCAUGGCCUGGAAAUGCCAAAACAACAGGACGAACACAUCGAUCGUGAAAGACAUGAAACACACAAUGAAAAGCAACAAAUAAUAAAAUCAUCUAGCCGUUGUCAGUCAUGUGGCACUGAUCGCAGCUCCACAAGCAUUGGCGUACAGACAGAGGACAUUAUGGAUCAACUGUAUUUAACAAAUGCCUUGAAAAAGUGCAACAUUGAUGGCAAGUCAGUCUUAAGUCAGGGCCACAAGUUGUGCAAUGAUCCUCGCCAGCAUUACGAUAACAACUAUGGCAGCUACAGUCAAUACAAUGACGAUGACGAGCAGCCACUGUCAGCAUACUCCAAUGAACAACUCAAACGCAGCGCAUAUAAUAUGGAUGACAAUGAAAUGAUGCCUCUACCAGAGAUGGAAAAUUUGGCUACGGACAAUAUGGUGGAUGAUGAGGAAGCACCACUGAGUGCACGUAGUCGCGACACAAUUGCUACAAAUGCAACCUCCAAAUCAAAACGCCGUGAUUACAAGCUGGGCUCACGCGAUGAUUUACGGCUGCCGCGCUAUUUGGAAAAGGAGAAGCGCGAGAAGGCCGAGGCAAAAGAGCGUAUGGAGACACGCGAUCCAGAUUGUCCACGAGGUCAUGUACUUCUAAGUGAACAGGACCGCCUCGCAGCUUUAGCUGCAGCCAAGAACCAUUUUGAUAUGCUGAUCAAUGAGCUAAAUCAUAUGCCAAUGACCGCACAAACGCUGCGCGUGCGCACACGUAAGGCCGAGAUUGAUAAGGAGCUAACUGGUGUUGAGGAUGAUAUACGUAUCUACUCCAAGCAGAAAGUCUAUGUGAGAGCCCCCAAAUCGCGAGAUCUCUAAAGCAUGAUCAGACACUUGCAAAAUACAUAUCAAAAGGUUAACUGGAUCAAUUAUGUGAACUAUCAAUAUCAAUAUAUUGAAGAUGUGGAUCAACCCUA